CAGAGGGCUGGUUAGAACUAGAAUGUCAGAGGUCGCGGGGCCAGUAGGCGUUCUUGUAGCUGGUCCAGUCGCUAUGUAGUGGCGGGGCAGACACCAUCCUGAAAGUUCUGCAAGACUCUUGGACUCGUCUAGGGCCGUAGCCUCUCAAGUUCUAGUUGCCGGCUUCCGGCCCCUGGCCGCUCACCGGAGCCGCUGCCGCCAUGUUUGGCUGCCUGGUGGCGGGGAGGCUGGUACAGACAGCUGCACAGCAAGUGGCAGAGGAUAAAUUUGUUUUUGAUUUGCCUGAUUAUGAAAAUAUCAACCACGUUGUGGUCUUUAUGCUGGGAACAGUCCCCUUUCCUGAGGGAAUGGGAGGAUCUGUCUACUUUUCGUAUCCUGAUUCAAAUGGAAUACCAGUAUGGCAGCUCCUAGGAUUUGUCACAAAUGGGAAACCAAGUGCCAUCUUCAAAAUUUCAGGUCUUAAAUCUGGGGAAGGAAGCCAACACCCUUUUGGAGCCAUGAAUAUUGUCCGGACUCCAUCUGUUGCCCAGAUUGGAAUUUCAGUGGAAUUAUUGGACAGUCUAGCUCAGCAGACUCCUGUAGGAAAUGCUGCUGUAUCCUCAGUUGAUUCAUUUACUCAGUUCACACAAAAGAUGUUGGACAACUUCUACAAUUUUGCUUCAUCAUUUGCUGUCUCUCAGGCUCAGAUGACACCUAGCCCAUCUGAAAUGUUCAUUCCAGCAAAUGUAGUUCUCAAAUGGUAUGAAAACUUUCAAAGACGACUAACACAGAACCCUCUCUUUUGGAAAACAUAAUUUGAAUAAAAAUAAUAAUGGA